AAACUACACAAAAGUCCCCGUCCUUGAUUUCUCAGCCAAUGUCUCCCGACGAAAGAUGCAAUGAUGAACGACAAAAUUACCAACAGUGCUUCCCGGAGAAAGUUACGCACAAAGACUGGUUGCUUUACAUGUAGACAAAGACGCAAGAAAUGCGACGAAAACUCCCCAAUCUGCGACUUGUGCCGUUCUUCUGGGCGAAGAUGUAUAUGGCCAUCACCAAGUGAUUUACUCGAUCGUCGUUACUCCCACCACUGCGAUUCACGGCACCAAGAUCGGAGUCUGAAAGAACAGCUACAACAACCCGAAGAUGACGUUGGGAAUUCCUUGAUACCCAGCAGCAGCAAUCACCCCGUACAACGUGCUCUCUCUUCCUACAGUCCUUCCAAUAUUUAUGACACGGAUUCUGUCUGUCCACUGGACCUCUUAUCGCAAGCCGCUACGGUGCACAGCGUGCUCUCUAACCACCUAGAGCUCCGCAUCUCAGAACACUUCUCUGACAAAUACUUUUCCCUCCUACUGCUACCGGACUGCUACCGCGGAUUCCACGAUGGCUGGCUUACUGAAAUCAAGCAGCUUAUGCUGACUCACAAGAGCUUAUACUACUCAGUCUUGGCUUGUGCUGCAUCACACAUAUUUCUCAGCGACUCCACGUGGGAAAUGCAUCCUAUUGCUUUAUCCUAUUAUGCUGAAGGGGUGAAAGAACUUCAGCUUUUGCUUAGCAAAGUUUCUCAAUAUGAGAACCACGACGCGCUCCUUAUGUCUGUGAUGCUGCUUUAUCUCCACGGGUGCUUAGGAUGGGGCACGCAUAGUGACGUUACACAGCACGUCAAUGCUGCGACUCGUAUAGUCACUUUGAGACUUCUUGACAGGCCAGUUGGCAUUCAACGACUAUUCGACAGACUCGCCCUUGAAAGUGUCAUCUACCAGCAGUUCUUACUCUCAACAGGCCUAUGGUCAGAAAGCAGUCGAGGUGACUUUGUGUUCAACCCAUAUUUCUGGGACAGUGUUGAGAAGCUUCUCGAUAGAUCUAAACUCCUUUCAGGAACACCUUGGAAUCUUGAAAGCCCUAUCUUAGGGGUACCCUUGUCUUUCUUUCGCAACACGAUAGUCUUACGGGAAUGCUACCGCUCAGGGACGAGUCUGGAUCCUGCAGUUCUCCAAAAGAUCCGAAAUGAGGUUCAAGUUUGGGAGGCACAACUCUGUGAUCCAGACUUCGAGUCUAUUUACAGCUCCACCGAUACAGCAAUAAGGAAAGGUAGCUCAACAACCAGGGAUGAAACAUACUUGUAUGCGAUAAUUGCCUCCCUACUACUUGAACAGAUUAAUGAGCCUGGAAGUGGAGGGACUCUACCAUUGGAGGUAUCCAGGGACAAGUGGCAGAUUAGACUGUUCCUACGAAUUCUCAACAACCAUCAAGGCAGCCUAGAAUGGGCCAGAUCAUAUGCGGGUAAUUGGCCAGCAUAUACCUUGGGGAUAUUCCUUUCUGCACCUGAAGAUCGACUGGUGGUGAAGGAAGACCUCGAGAGGUCCUGGGAGGUCACAAGAAUGACCUACGCCCUGCGGUAUUGUCGCGAUCUAGAGAGUAUUUGGAUUAUGAGAUAGUAGUAGGUAAUUAAUAUGCAGAAGACAUGCUGUCAGGCCCGACACCGAGCAAAUAGCUACAUGCUUUGCUUGGCGAAGCGCCUGUUAAACACAUGCAGGUUGUUGAUAGGGGUUAAAGCCUUAAAGAUGUAGUGAUUAGUUGCUUAUUGACAUAAGGGCGAUGAAGCUAGACAAGCGGGCAGACGAUAUCGCUUUUAAACUUCUGAGCUAUUCAUAGAUAGAAGAGAACCAGAUAUCUAUACAUAGCUGGAAUUUCCAUGCUAAUAAGCCUAUAGAAUCGUCC